CUCCAACCCGUGUCUCCCGUCUCGUCGCAUAUCGCGCCAUGAGCCACGUUUGACUUCAUCCCAAAUACAACCCCCAUUGUACACAGUAUUGUGCAGUAUUCCACCAAUAAACCAAUCCCAAGAUGAGUAUAAUAUUCAGAAGGAUCCAAGCGAUCCAAGACUCGCUGUCCGAUGACGUCUUGCUGCCCCUGAAAAGCUACAAGUACCAAAGUGUCGACAAGUCGUACAUUUCCAACUAUAUAUUAAGACAUUAUUGGAAUGCCUUCGUCGAAGUACUGCCGCUCUGGCUGGCCCCCAACAUGGUGACCCUCCUAGGGUUCUUCUUCAUCGUGGGCAAUGUCAUGCUCAUCGGAGUGUACAUGCCUGAUCUAGUGGGACCUGGCCCCUCUUGGUUAUAUUACAGUUUUGCGUUGGGCAUGUGGAUGUACUCCACACUGGAUAAUGUCGACGGCAAGCAGGCCCGCAGAACAGGGACCUCCAGCGGAUUGGGCGAGCUUUUUGACCAUGGAAUCGAUUCUUUGAAUUGCACCUUGGCCAGUCUGCUCGAGACUGCAGCCAUGGGGUUCGGCUCUUCUCAGCUUGGAGCCUACACAGCCCUCGUCCCGUGCCUCGCCAUGUACUUCUCGACCUGGGAGACCUACCACACCCACACGCUUUAUCUCGGCUACUUCAACGGCCCUACUGAAGGUUUGAUCAUUGCGAUCGCAAUCAUGAUUGCUUCCGGUGUCUAUGGCCCUCAGAUCUGGACUCGUCCGAUCGUCGAGUUCUUGAACUACCCGCAGAUCUUCGGAAACAACUCGGUGAAAGACCUCUGGAUCCCACUCCUCCUCGGCUCCUUUUUCCUCGGACACCUGCCGGGAUGUGUCAUGAACGUGAUUGCUGCGCGCAGAAAGCAAAACCUCCCCAUCUCGCCUAUUUUCAAGGAAUGGGUGCCGAUGAUCGUCUUCACUAGCUGCAACCUGGCCUGGCUCUUCUCUCCGUACUCCACGUUGCUUUCCGGUAACCAUCUGGUUCUGUACUGCUGGACUAUGUCGUUUGUCUUCGGGCGCAUGACCACCAAAAUCAUCCUCGCGCAUUUGUUGAGACAGCCUUUCCCCUAUUGGACUGUCCUGCAGGUCCCACUCAUCGGCGGUGCCAUUCUGGCCAACCUGCCCCGACUAGGAUUCCCUAUGGUGAGCUCAGGGCUAGAGUUGCUGUACCUACGUGUCUAUCUUCUGUUUGCCUUCGUUGCGUACAUGCACUGGGCAGUUCUCGUUAUCAACCGAAUCACGACAUUCUUGGGGAUCAACUGCCUGACAAUCCGCCGUGACAAGUCAGUUGCGAGGGACCAGGCUUAUCGCGAGUUCGGAGAGGCUCAGCUCAUUGGCCCCAAUGCUACCAAUGACCCCACCAAGGGUCUUCUCAAAGCCCACUGAGCCCGAAAUCCAAGUGAGCCGAGGCAUGUCUCACUGCCACGCAAGGCCACUUGUUCGCUACUCAUGGUGUGUCUGACUAUUUUCGGGGUCAUUUCGCUCAACAUAUGUUACGGAGCCAGUCCGUGCGACUCGAUGACUAUCCCGGGCUUUUUCAUGACGCUGAGAACCGGCUCCCGACUUGAUUUUCACCCUUGUCGGUAUUUUCUUGGCGACGUAAACGUCUUCUUAUAUCUACGAUUUUAAUGCCUCCCUUGGAUUAUGCCACCCGCACACAGGCUGAUGAAUGAACUGAUGACUUGGCUGGAUGGAUGACGCGGACGAAGAUGAGCUGUUCGCCCUCCAACUUUUCAGUAUAUAGUUUGGAUAGACAGUAUAAUAGUACCUAAUUAACGAUAGAGUUAC